CUAAUUAAAUUAAUUGGAAGCGAUGAUCUAAAAGUUCUUAAUUACGAUUUACUUGUACCUCAGUCGGAUGCAUUUCGUGUAUUUCAAAAGUUAAAUAAAGAGAUUGGUAAAAUUACAAACACUUUAGAGAGCCUCCUCAGAAAAGACUUCAACAAGAAUUGCAGUGAAACAAAGCAUUUAAUUCCUAAAAAUGCAGAUCAUAAAGAAGUACAAACUGAUAUGCUUGGAUUAUUACAUCCUAAUGGAGAAUUUGUGAAUAUAUAUCAUGGAAAGAUUAAUAAUAUAACUGUUGACUGUGAUAACCUCGAUGAAGCUGUUCAUACUUAUAAUACACAACAAAAAAGGCACAUAGAUACUAAAGCAUUGCCAGAAAGUCCAAAGGAGAAUUCUAUAGCUGAUGAAAGUUAUACAGUUAAUAAGAAUCAUAAGAAAUUAGUGCCACCUGCAUCAUUGGGAAAUAGAAAUACUAAUGAUAAUGAAAAAAACAAGUGUUUUAAUUCAAUAAGAGAAAAUGAUAAAAUGUAUAACAUAUGUAAUACAGACCCAAUUAAGACAAAAAGUUACAAUACGUGUGCCAAAUUUACUAUCGACAAUAACUCUUUUAGAACCCCAAGGACUUUAAAAUGUGGACAAAAGAUUAUUAUAUCAAGAUCUAAACUAACACCUCUUCCAAAAGUAACCGUUAAUAAUGAUCCAAGCUUGUUUCUGAAACAAUUUAAAAAUGAUUUACCAAUAGAUGAUAAUGUUAGUGUGACUAGUUCAAGUCUUGAUGUCAAUGAGCUUGAUGAGUUUUUAAUUAACGAUAAUGGUACUUUUGAGAAGUAUAUGGAGAUAUCUGAGAAGGCAGAAGUAACCAAAAAUGAUAAAAAUAGAUCGCUAGUGGCAGAGAACUUUUUUAAAUGCUGGAAAUUUUGUGAUGUGCUUGACAACAAGGGUUAUGCAUUAAUACAUAAAGCAAUUCUGAAUAAUAAUUUAUACUUACUGAAAUUGCAGUGUUUAGCAUUAUUAUCAAAAAAGGUCCCUGUAGGAUUGCGAAAUAAAGAAAAUAGGAGCACCUUGGAAAUUGCAAUACUGAACAGUUCUAACAUAGAUAUUGUUAGAACAUUACUUUGUUUUGGAGUUUCAAUUGCAGAGGCCAAUCCCGACUCAGGAGAUAACAUUCUUCAUUUAGCAGCAUUGUACACAAAAAAUAUAGGCGUUUUCAAAUUAUUAGUUGAGAGAUCAGAUAAAAAAGCACUAUGCAAUUAUAACAACUCAGGAUUUACUCCGUUACAUUUGGUGGUUCGAACAAAUAAUUUUAAAACUGAAAAGGUGAAAGUUUUAUUAUCAAAUCGGUACAUACGUGAGUUCAUCAACAUUUGUGAUUUGACUAGUGGAAAAACUGCACUUUUUCAUGCAAUGGAGAAUAAUGAUGCGAAGACUAUACGUGAACUGCUUUCUAAAGGUGCGAAUCCAAAUAUUGCCACAUUAUCAGGGAUUACACUUUCUGAUAAUUAUCAUGAACUGGAUAUUUCAAGUGAACUGAAAGAAGAAUUUAGGCAAUAUCUUAAAAGUAAAGAAACUCGAAUAGGAAAACGUGUUCGAAAUGAAAACAUUCAUUCUUCUUCAAAGAAAAUGAAUCUGGAGAAACUGAGUUGA